AGAUUGUGCGAAGAUCUCGCGUUAUCGCUUAUCUCAAGUUUUCGUAUUAGAUAUCUUGAGAGAUGUCACGUCGCCAGAUCGGCAUCACACCUCGAGGCAGUCGCGAAAGGAAAGUGCUCGAAGGUGGCUGGUUAGCUCCGGUUGGAACAGUCUCGGAGUAAAGGAAAGACCGGUUAAAAGUUGACAGCGAGAAUAAUUCCGACAAAUAGAAUCAAGCAAAUGUGGAUAUCGAGAAUCUCGGCCACUGUAUUUCUAUAAAAUAAACAAACACCAAGAAAGCAACAACAGCGGCAAAAGAGGGCGGAAAGAGAAGAGCAGAACGGAAGGACUGAGAACAGUGAUUAUCCGUGGAAUGUGCGGAGUAGUUAUGUCUUUUUAGAAGCGAAGAUAACCGAGUUUCUUCUUCAACUUCUUCUUCAAGUGGACAUCAAAAAUGAUCUUCGUAGUAUCACCAGGAGUGAGCGUGGUUGCUGCCGGCCUCGUUUCCGGUCUCUGCUUCAUCGUUAUCAACAGUCUACGAAGAGGGAGAGCAGCGAAGGAGGCGAAGGAGGCGAAGGACGAGAAGACCAAGCAGAUUCUAGACGAUAGUCGGUGCGCCUGUUGCCUGAAACCCUUCGUCGUAGGGCGCGGCGUCGGUUGUGGCGAGUGCGGAUCCCGAGUUUGCCGCAAGGGUUGUUCCCGCUGGGACACCCCGGACAACGCCUGGCAUUGCUUGUUUUGUCAUCAGCGGAGGUUACUGCAGUUGUGGCUCAGGAGGAACGAGAAGUGGUUCGAGACCUUUGGCGGUUUGUCCGCCGACCACAACGACGCGUCUCACCGGUUCAGUACGGCCAAAUCCGAGGUUUUUCUCGCAGGAGCGGACUAUGCUGGGGUUGGUCCUGGCGUGGGUCUUGCCGCCGGAGGCGAAGAGGAUGCGGGUGAUUCGGUGGAAAGGGUCCGAGACUUCGUCGAGAAGAUAGUCGAAGGCCUCGUCGGAGACGUCGACGAGAUACCGAUAGACCGCCUCUACGAUCACAUCGCCUAUGAUCGACUUGUGGCAAACUACAAGCAACCAUUGGCUGGGGCCCUAGCACGACUGGCGAUAGCGCUUCAACUCUCUAUCGGUAAUAAGCCGGCAGCCGAUACUCCGACAAUGGCGCACGCCGCGCUUCGUGAUUUGGUCGAACGUGCUGUGGAGGAAGCGAGGAAGCUGCCUGGACUCGGAAAUCCGGAUGCUGGACGGUCCACCGAGCCCGGAGAUGUAGCCGACCAGACCUACGAGGAUCUACUCGCGACUGCUAUACUCAACAAGGUAAUCGAGAAGUACCAAACCGAACGCGUCGACAAUAACAGCAACACAUUAGGCGCCAAGAAAACCUCUCAGAAUCAAAAAUACAUCACGAGCGAAAUCGAGGUGGGACUCGACGAAGGCGUCGAGGAAGGCAGCAGCAGCCUCGAACCACUCUCGCAGGAUGAGUAUGGCAGCGAUUGUAGCGCACCACCCUCGAAAUAUUCCAUCAAUCGUCAGGAACCACUAUCGUUGACGAUAGAAGAGCACAUCGAAGAAGUGACAACGACCUACACUUCGGACGAGGAAGAACGAGAUGAAGCCGCGGCAAAUGGUCUGAACUUCAACAAGGCGCAUCGUGUGCCUUUCCCUGAAUUUGGAAUGGACAUAAUCGAUCUUUCGCAAGAGUCUUCCGAGGAAUUGCAGGACGAGGUGUCGACACCGACGCACGUGGAUCUAGUCACGCCUGUCGAGUCAUGGGAGGAGAAUUGGCUGUUUCAAAAGAAGAAGAUGCAGGCUCAAUCCGAACCAGUUUCAAUGCUGGUCCCAAAUCCUAGCGAAGAUUUAAAGCCUUUAAUUGGCGAUAGAGAAGCCGAUGACACCUCCGAUCUGUCCGACUGUUCCGCUCAUUCCGACGAAGAAAUUGAGGACGAACUUCUCGAAGCUAUCAACAACGUGAUUCCAAAACCUCCAGGUAAUACGGAAGAGACCGAAGCUUCUGGUUUGCUGGAAGCUAAGGGAAGAGGGGAAAUUAACACGCGAACUGCAGAUGACGCCCGAACGAUUGUUCACGAUAAUUUAACGAUGAACACCGCCACUCACUUCCAAAUCAACGAACCUAGUGCCAACGGAAUGACGAACGGACAUAACGAACAGAAACCCGCGAGUCCAUCGUCGGGGACGACGGAGAUCAAACUUGGCAUUGAAGAUAUGCUCGUGUUUCAUUUGAGGGACAAAAAGACGUCGCAAUCUGAGCAGAAAACUACGCAUCAGGAUCCGUCGAGCGAGUUUAUACAGGCGGAAAAAUCGUCGGGAAAUAUCAUAACGUUGGAUGAAAAGAUAGGUGGAAGUGAUGUAAAAAUUCCAGAACCAGCUUCUAGAGUGAAGUCGAGAGCUUCGGUCGAAAUCACGAGUCGAAGCGGGGUCCAAACGGUCGUGGUGAACAGCUCGUCGACUUCUUUUACAGAGAAGUCUAAUCUUGAUGUGACAGGUCCUGAGGUACCUGAAUCGGUCUGCCAGCUCGACCAACCAAAGGAUCAACAAGCGAAGCGUCCAUCCGUCACACCGCGACUUAACGAGUUGGAUAAACUGCCUCAAGACCAGCUUGUCAACCAGAAGGAUGAUUUGUGCUCAAAAGGGUGCCCCAGAACUCCAGCAUCAUCUCCUCUUAAACAGGAAGUCGGAGCCACAGAAAUCCAAACUCGUACCGAUUUCCGUUCGCUGGAUGAAAAACUGGUAUCCAUCGAGACGAAAGUUGGCACGAAUCUUAGUUCGCUGGAAGAAAAACUGAGAAGCUACGUUCCGGACUUCGAAAAGAACCAAGACCUCAAUCUUACGGAAGUUGCAAACGGAGUGGUUGAAGCGCGUUUCGCUUUCGUAGAAAGCGGCAACGAGAAUCAUCACACUGUGAUAACCGAGGAGCACAGAAUCGACCUGCAACACGAGGAUGGUGCUCAGCAGGAAAGCGAGUACACCGAGCAUUACGCUACAGCGACCCAGAGACACCUGGACAGUUUAAAGAGACCUGGCAAAGGUGGCAAAAUACUCGGUAUUCACGAGCAUGACGAUAUCCCACCGCCAAUACCCUCGACUCCUCCACCGAUUGCUAGACUCAGGCAGUGCCGCGAGGCUGCGGCGUUAGCCAACCUUGAGGUUGAUCAGCCCGAACCAGCCGAACGGAAGAAGGUCGAAGUUGACCUGUUUCUCGCCACCCCACCUCGUCCAGGCACGAUAGCCGAGCGCGAGCAUAAGAAGUGGGAAAAUGCCGCGCCGAUAGAGAACAAUCCUUACAGUGAGGAAAACAUUCAGAAAAGAUUAUGGCAACGACAAUACUCCCGGAAGGUAUCAUCCGAAUCUUCAUCUGGGGUUAACACCGAAGCACCAAAGGUGGAUGGAACCUCUAUUCAAGUGGUCCUGGGCGCUGGUCAACCGGACGUCAAGAGGUAUGGGAGAGACUACUAUAUCAACGAGGCAAAGAAAGCAAGUGGGGAGCGCGCUAGAAGAUCGGCUAUGUUGAAUGCCGGAAGACCGAACAGCUCGUUAUCCCAGAAUUCCGGCUCGUUCGAAGGCGAUAUUGAACAGCAGGUGAGUUAUGGACUUGACAGAUUCGAGGAGGCAUCCCUGCGGGGCAGCCUUCAUAGACGGAGCUUUCGAGGGCAGAAUUCGAGUCCCCAUUUUGUAACCAACCCUCUGCUCCACUUGCAAGUUGGCGAGGAUUUGAAAGUUAGUCGAGUUGACGAGCUAAGCGACCCUUGCGUGUCCGAUUCCGUAACAGACAGAGUACGAAAUAGCGCGUCGUCGAGUUAUCGAGGAAACGAUGCACCGAUUGACACGGUGCAACACCGAAUUGUUGGGCCCAGUAAUGCUCACCACGAUACCGAGUGCUCGUCGAAUGAAGACUCAAAUGUCACGGUAAGGAACGCGGCGUCCAGAUAUGGAGAAUCAAAAUUGAUUCAAACUUUAUCGAAGACGAGAGAUCCGAAAGCAAGUUCUUGUGGAGAGGUACCGAAGGAACAGAACAAUCAAAUGGAUUUCUCUGAGAUGUCCUCUGAGAAAUUAGCGAGCAUUUCCGAUUUAAUGUCUGAGGGAAGAAAUCGCGAGCUUAGAGUAUUGGACGACAGAGGAAGAUUGGUAGAUCUCGAUCCAGAGAACUUUGAAAGACUUUUCAAAACCGGAGAUGCUGUUGAAAACUUUGCUGUUAAUCCGUUGUAUGAUUUAGAAAAUAAUUUCCUACUACCGAAUCGUAAUCCACAACGUUCUAAUUUUGUGGAUCAAGAUUCCGGAAUGUAUUCCAUCGAAUCGAACGAAGUAACGGAAACGGAUAAGAGUGGGAUUAGGAAAGAGGAGGAUGAAGAACCGCCGAAAAGAUUGUCAGUUGACGAGUCGAAAAGGGGUGACGAAAUCGUGACGUCCAACGGUAAGAGAUAUUCGAACUUUGGAAGCUUCAAGUUCAAUACAUUUGGUGGAAUAAAGAGAAGACGCUUUAACUGGAACGACCUGCAGGACGAGUUUGACGACACGGAUUCGGAAAACGAGGGUAUGGCCGAAUACCCGGAUAACGUUUCGGACUUUGGCAGUAUGAAGUGUCAAACUUUCGGCGGAAUCAAGCAGAGAACAAAUUUCGAUGGUAAAAAUAUAAUAAAGUACCAUAAAGUUAAAUUGAGGCCAAGUCUCUCGUUCAGAGACGCCAAAGAGGCGAAGCAGCGACGGGAAACCAUGUCCGAGAACGGAGAGGAUAUUCUCUACAGCAAUUUUGAGACUCGAAGAGAUCCAAGCUACACAAAGUUCAGAGAUGCAAAAGUGAACUCGAACGGCGAACGUGUCAAGAAGAAGAAACCAUCGCAUCACGUUGGCUCGAAAAGAGCGUCAGCCGAACGGAACAUCGGCGAUGAAAACUUGAUGGCGAGCUUUUUGAGAGACGCCCUGAUGCGGCCAAAGUCACGAUUGUCGACCGACAAUGAAUCAAUUUAUUCUCUGGAUACUGCAUCAGCUCAAAAAUCGCCCCGUUAUCGAGGAGUAUCCAGCCGUCCGAUCAAACCUCGUGCAAUUCGCGAUGACAGCAGUCUUAGAUUAGAACCACCCGAGUCCCCAGAAGUGAUAGAAAGAAGCUUUGAAACGUUGGCCGGUUUACGGAGGAGUCGAAGUCUUAAGGACGAUAGUAACAGUAUUCUUAGAAGUAGCAGCGUGCAUAGAAAGAUUGCCGAGGACGUAUCUAUGUGGUGAUAUAUUGAAAGCACAAGAUUUCAGGUGCUCAUUAGUGAGAAUAGAAAUACUAAUAUACACAUAGUAUAAUAUAUUCAGGUAGGAAGAGGUAGUCGAAGUCUGAUUAGGCGAUAGAUUGGUAGCGAACAUUAGGUUAAUUGGGUCUCGGAGGUAUCAAGCGGAAAUUACCGAGCACAGCAGUCAUAAACGAAAUUUGAAAUAGCAGUUUUAUCGUCCGUAAGAACAGGAACUUAAAAAAUAAAGGAAACGCGUUUUAAUACACGCUAUCGAAUCCAGCCUCGAGCAUUUUUCAUAUUUGAUUUUUACUCGCUCGCAGUGCAUGUAAACCAGAAAUCUUUUUUUUUGCCGUUAUAAUCUGAGUUGCCUUUCAUCUAAACACUUCUUACAGCUUAUUAUACACACGCACACAGCACACACACAUCACAGCCACACAUUGCAUUCAAUUGGAAUGCUGACUCUACCAACUUGUAUAUACAAUGCAAUAGACGCAUACGUAUAUACGUAUACAUACGCUAUAUGUAUAGUUAUACACUUCUUAAUUGAUCAAAAAAUAAAUAUGUUUUACGGUU